UGUUGUAUCACCGAAUUCACAAAUGCAGAUGGAUACAUCGACAUCCUACGACGCAGGUCUGCUCGCAAGCCUGCUCUCCCAGCACCAUCCUGCACAACAGGCAUCGGCAUCAUCAUCAUCAUCAGACACAGCCAACGGACAGCUGGAGCGGCGCGCAGAGGCGUCCUACGCGAGCUUCAACGAGCGCUUCCAAGUCACCCAGCAGCGCCUGUUUGAGCGCCAGUACUCGCACAUCUACUUUGACCGCCUCCAUGCGCUCAAGCCCAUUGUGCUGAAGCGUGCACAGGAUCGCUGGACCAAGCCCGCCGCAGGACUCCCAGCUCCGUCGUUCGUCAACCAGCUCGUGCAUCUCGAAAUCGGAAGGCGCUGCUUCGCUGUUGGCACCUUGUACAAGGAAAUGACACUCAAGCCAAGCAUCUUGAAGGAAAUCGCAGAGGAGCGCGAUCUCGUGCCACAACCUCCUCGAGCAAGGUACACGUCGGACGACGACUUUAUCGUAUUGGAAGACUCGUCCGGGCGCGUCCGACUCGGCGGCAACUUUCCCUCGAGCGAGCUGGUGACUGGCGACGUUGUUGCUGUGCUUGGCACUGAGCAAUCUGGUGGCGAGUUUGUCGUCGAGGAGUGGUUGAUGGCUGGCCCGGCGCCGCAACCUGCGUUGGACACUGCUUCGCGCAUGCGCGGCGAUGAGCUGGAUCCGCAUGUUGCGAUCGUGUCUGGGCUCGAACUCGGCAAAUCCGACCAGGAUCCGCUCGCGCUCGAGCUCUUGUCCGAGUUUCUGUGCGGUAAUCUGGGCGGAGAAUUGAACAAAGACCUUGCAGCAAGCGUGGUGCGGGUAGUUGUGGCAGGAAAUAGUCUGUUUAAUCAAAAAGAGCUGGAAGAGGCGUCCAAGCCAAAGUACAUGGCCCGCAACGCAGUCUCGCUGGGUCUCCAGACGACGCAGCAACUCGACUCCAUCCUGAGCAACAUUGCGUCAACCUGUCCCGUGGAUGUCAUGUCAGGACCACUCGACCCGACCAACCACAUUUUGCCGCAGCAGCCCCUUCAUCGUUGUCUUUUCCCACGUGCAUAUGCCUUGCAAACAUUCCAGACAGUCCCCAACCCAUAUCAUGUUGCAGUUGACGGUGUGCACAUCAUGGGCACGUCGGGCCAGCCCAUCGAUGACAUGAUCAAGUUUCAGAUUGGCGACGACCGCCUUGCUUUGCUUGAGCAUACGCUGCAGGGCCGACACCUGGCCCCAACAGCGCCAGACACCCUCGCAUGCUUCCCGCUGAACGCAGACCCGUUCAUUUUGGAAAGCUCACCGCACGUCUACUUUGCGGCCAACCAACCAGAGUUUGCGACGAGUGUGCUCAAGGGCGAAGACGGGCAAUCGGUGCGCUUGGUGCUCAUCCCAACAUUCUCCACGACCCAGACCAUUGUAUUAUUGAAUCUCGUCACGUUGGAGUGCACGCCGGUGUGCUUCCGAACUAUUCCCUGAAAAGUUGGCGACGAAAUAAAACAAACAUUGAGUAGUGC